CUAUAAGUACCAAGGUUUGGGUUUAGCGCCUAUUUUUUCGGUGACGAUCGAAAAGGAGCUCUCCCCGCAGAACGAGACGACGAGUUUUUGAACUUCUCUAGAACCGAACUUGUUUGCAGUCAUUUCAGCCACUGAACAGGCAUGACGAAGUCUACACUCCACCCACCGCCCCUACAAGAAACCUCCCAACGCUCCUCAGCCUCAAUGUCCAACGCCAUCUACCCCUCCGCAAUCCCCCCUCCACCUCGCCACGACCCACCCCCACCACCCCCAGGCCGCUCAGGCCGUUCCUCCUUCCAAGACACCCCCACAAAUCCACACCACCACCGAGACUCCCAGCCGGAUCGCGCCCUCCAAGAACGCCAACCCCCCUCCUCACAACCCCCCACCUCAGAUCCCACCGCUCCACCACCGUCAGCCCCGACCCACGGCCACACCCCGCACCUCUCCCUCGGCAGCCUCGUCGCCUUCGACUUCCCGCUCGACCCCGCGGAACACCCGCUGACCUCCCACCAAUCCUCCCAAUCCCUGCACCGCAAGAAGGCGUCGCGGGUGUCGUUGGAGAACAUGUUGCCGACCGCGUUCCGGCGGUCGAUGUCUGCGACGACGUUGAAGAAGUUGGUGGUGACGGAUCCGAUUGUGGAGUUGAGGAAUAUACAUAAAACGUAUCUGUUGGGGUUGGAGGGGGUUGCUGCUUUGCGGGGCGUGAGUCUGAGCAUCCAGCGCGGCGAAUGGGUAGCCGUAUAUGGAACCUCGGGUGGGGGCAAGACGAGUCUGCUGAACAUCAUUGGCACGAUCGAUAAACCGACGAAGGGGGAUCUGACGAUCUGUGAUACCGUCAUCACGCCAAAUACGAAGGACGAAGUUCUGGCGGAUCUGAGGCUGAGCAAGCUCGGCUUCGUCUUCCAGUCCUUCAACCUCCUCUCCUCCAUGACAGCCCUCGAAAACGUCGAGCUGCCCAUGGUCCUCAAAGGCACCCAAACCGCCUCGGAACGGCGCACCCGGGCCGUGUCCAGCCUCGAGCGGGUCGGCCUGGCGCAUAGAUUGCAUCACUUCCCGCAUAAAUUGUCGGGCGGUGAGCAGCAGCGGGUGACGAUUGCGAGGGCGAUUGCGAAUUUGCCUGAGCUGUUGUUGUUGGAUGAGCCGACAGGCGACCUAGACACCCAAAACACGCUCAAGAUCCUACACCUCCUGCACACCCUCAACCUGACCGAACACAUGACCUUCAUCAUGGUCACGCACGACGUGUACCUCAAGAACUUUGCGCAUCGGGUGAUCUACAUGCGCGACGGGAAGAUCUCGAAGGUCAAGAUGACGAGGAGUGAGAGGCGGGAGGUUGCGUUGAGGGAGUUGGAGGUGAAGAUUGAGGAGCUGGAACGGAAGAUCCAAGCGAAAGCAGACCAACCCUCCACACAACCCACACCCUUCACCCCUUCCCUCCCGUCAACCCACAUAGGCCGCGUCGCCGGCGAAUCCGACCACACCCCCGGGACAUUCGUCUCGCGAACCACCGAGAUACGCGAGCCGGGGGACUACGCGACGUAUUCGGCGUCGUCGGGGGUGGCUGCGCGGAUAAGUGGGGAUGCGGUGAAUGGGAAUGCAGCUGGGAAUGCUGGUGGGGCUUUUGGGAAGGGGGGGAUGCCGAGUAGCAAGUCGCAUCAGCGGCUUGGGGGGGAGGAGAGGAGGGAGGGGGGAAAGAUAUUGAAAAGUGCGAGGGAUUUGGAUGAUAUUGUUUGAAAUGGUGUUGAUGGGGGAUGACGUUUCUCAGUGAGUGUGGUGCUGGUGGAGGAUGCUGGCAGGGAUCUGUGCGUUGGCACCAUUGCAUGAUUGCGAUAAUCACCCUUUCCCGCCUCUCAAUCCAUCAUGACCGCAAUCUUCAAUUUCGCUUGCAUAAACAUGUAUUGGAGCCCGCCAUCGUAAAAAGUCGUCAUCCGUAUAUAUAUCUAAAGAAGAG